GCUUGAAGGUUUCGGUAUCCUUGUCCGCACCAGGCGAUCACACAUCCAAGUCAAUACUACGAACACUUCGUUAAGAUCACCUCGUGUAUCGCUUAAGUGCUUCAUACCGCCACCAGCCAUCCCCCAGCAAUUAAAACUAAUCAUCUCAUCUUCCUCCCUCCGAGGACCUUGACCAUAGGCUUUAGCCUGCCUCUCGUUUGCCGAUCUGGGCUGGGUUCAAUCUGCUCGUUUCAUCUCGAUCUCUCUAUCUGGUCAUCGGGACAUACUUGUCUGCUCGUCGUGACGACAUCUCAUACACUCAGAUCGAUCUUCACCCCUUUGCAUUCCUCUGAGCUAUUCUCUUGCCAUUUAUAGUGCUGUUCCAAUUCUGAAUCCUGUUCUUCAUCACCUCCACCCACCUCUACGGCACAAAACCACCCAACUCAACAAGAACAACGACCAUCUUCUUCCCGCUUGCUGGGCUCAGUAUCAACAUAGCCUCAACUUGGACAGCCUUUCCAGCUGCUAACUUGUCUCUCUUAUCUCAGAUCAUCCUCUCCACCACUGAUCUUCCUCACAGCCUCUUAUUUUAAAGUGAGUGACCCACAGAUUGAAAAAUCCUUUGCGGGGCAUCUGUAAUCCAUUCAUCAUCAUUGGAUCAAAACCGGUGUGUUGGCCAUUACGUUGUUUGAGGCGCUUGCAAUAUUCGACUUGCAAACCUGGAUAGAAGAGAAACCAAGAAAUAGGUACUCAAAUGCAACACAACAACCAAGCCUCAUCCUCAGCCCGGGAACGUCACCCAAACUCACAGAUCCCCCUCCCCCAAUCUAACUAUGCAAAACACGAGUCUGGAGCCACACGAGACAGCCGGCGACGGAAGCUGAAGAAACAAAAGGUGCGACCCGAGAAACGCAAAGCUGGGAAUCUUGAAUACACCAACGAAAGGAACAUUGCUGCCCAUGUCUCCCGGGGUAACAAAGAUAGACCGAUCCACAAGUUCAAAAAUAGCUUUGUAUGUUACAGUAAUAAUGCCCGAACCAAGGCUGUUGCUGUUGUAAAGUUUUACCCUUUUGAAGGCAUGGACCCUGAACGCAAAGCCCAUUACGAGCGACUGUCCACCAACCUCAUUGCCCACACUCGAUUUCAAAAUGCAAACAAAAGCAACGAGAAUACCUUGGGAGGAACAAUGUAUAGCUUAGGAUGGAGGAAAGGUUAUGAGGGAAAGAGCCAUUUGGGUAUCACCGGGAUUGCAUCCAAGGUGGCUAAGGACCAAGAAGGGUGGAUCAAGCUCUUCAUGGAGACCCCAUGGAUUAACGACUUCCUGGCCCAACGGUUUCGGGAUAUUUCUUUGGGGAUGUGCAGAGAAGUCAAGGAGCAGCACGACCAACAGAAGGCACCAUCUUUGACUCCAUUCUACAUGGCCGACCCUGAAUCAUUUUGCGGUCAUCUCUCCUUCACCUUCAACAACUUCUACAACAAGGCACACAAGGACGAGGACGGAUCACCCUUCAGAUUUGCCAUGUGGAUUCCGAUCAAUAAACAAACCGGGAAGUUGGUCGAAGAGAAUCUCCAAGUGGAAGGAGGUGAAUUUGUUUUCCCUGAGGAUGGCUGUGCAAUCGACUUUUCGGGGUUUAACGGGGUGGUGGAGUGUGUUUGGAAAGCAUCUGAGCAUCCACAUCAUACUCUUCCAUCAUCAACAGCCAUCGGAUCAUCGGACGAUCGCCUCGGCCUAUCUUGUCUACUCCCAGAUUCCGCAGAAAGGGCCAUCGAAAGGAUGAUGGCUGUUGAAGACGGCGAGAAACUUGACUGGACUAUUCAAGACCUGGGUCACUUACACAACGAUUCCCUCAAGUACGACUCAAAAGGUAAACCCUUUGAAACCAACGAUGGUGUUGACUUGCAGGCCAGUCCCCCUUCUGCCUGCGUUUUGGAUGAAGACAGCUCAACAGAACCAGACAAGUCUUUGUCAUCUCAACUGAAGGUGGCCACACCAACUCAACUCCAUAGAAGCACUUAGUAUAAAUCAGAAAUCUAUAAAAUUUGUGAUCCACUCCUCUUGUUGUACUAGAUUUUGCAGAGCUUAAUUUAUGUUGAGUUUUCAGUGUCUUCUGUCUACUUUUCCCUAAAAUUCCACCAACUCGGCCUCUUCUCUUCUCAUUUUAUUUCUUGAAUCUUCCUUAGAAUUAGACUGGAUUAUAGUCUUCAAGUAGCUUGUUUUCUGUUGCCUGCAUUCACUUCUCAAGUCAAUGAAACUUAUUGAUCUUGUCAACAACUCAUGUCUCUCUAAAGUCUUCCUCCUUUUUGCCAAUUUGGUUUAUUCUUUGAAAUCUGAUUGUUUAGAAUUAACAACUCUUGAACAUUUGUGGUUGAGUGUAUGCUUUUUGAUGAUUGAUUUUCCAGCCUGUCUAAAAGAGACUGAGAAGGCUUGUCCAGUUCUUACUUCCAUGAACUCAUAUUUUUCCUCCUCUCAGUUUUUAUUCAAAAUCAUUUUUUUUAUUCAUUUUCUUCAUCACCACAUUUUUGAACACUUGUAUUUAGUCUUCUUAAAUCUGGCUGAAUACCUGUCAUGUGAAUGAAAAUCAUUGGUUCUUUCAUUC